AUGCAAAACGAUUUAAUUGUUGAAAGUCAAGAAAAAUACUAUCAAUGUUAUAUUGAUAAUGGUGGUGAAUCAAAAUACAUUAUAUGUCAGCUAGAUGUUACAUAUAAUGCAAUGUGUGUUGAUUUAAUUGGAGGAGGAUUAGAAUCAGAUAGUGAUCUUUUUAAGGAGUUUAUUGCUAACGUAGGUAAUGAAAGAUGCUCACCGAGAUACAUGUUCAUCGCACUCGAUCAACCAUAUCACAUAGAGAUCUACGAGGAGUUUAAAGAUAUAUUAAAACAACAACAGAGACAGCUUAAUCAACUUUCAACCGAUAACUCUUUGAACUUAAAGUACAAACUUUCAUGUCUGGGUGGUGGAAUCGUUAAAAUCGAUGACGAUAAGCAAACACUAUCUUGCUUUGGUAAAAGCUAUCAAUUUGGACCACCAGAUAUCAAGUUGGUCAAAGCAAUACUAGAAUCAACAAAUAUUUCAAACUAUAAACUAGAUAUUCAAAUUACCAAUGAAAUAAGAGGAUAA